AUGAAUGAUGAAACUGUAAUAGAGUAUUUAGAACAAACGCGUGAUUUUCUUGAAAACGCAAUAAAUUUAUCUAAAAUAGAAGCUUACACACGACAAUUUUCUAAAGAAUCAAUAUUCGAUACAGACUUUUUUUUAACACAUUGUCAAGUUUUACCUAAUACUCAGGAAGACAAAGGCGCAAAGUGGCUAUUACCUCCGGACUGUAAUUUAAUUUGUUACAAAUCAACAGAAGAUGGAAACUGUUUAUUUAAUUCUGUAUCCUUGCUAAUAAUAGGAAAUGAAGAAAAGUCGAUGCAAUUACGCUUUGCAACAAUUAUUGAGUUAAUGAAAUACGCAAGACAUUAUUUGAACAUUCCAAUCUUUAAAAAAUCUAUAAUUUAUUCAGAUUUAGCUUUUCAAACUGCCGAGAAAUUUAAUGAUAAGGAGAAAGAAUUCGACAAACAAUUCGUAUUCAUUCAAGAAUUACAUUUAAUGUGUAAUAUCGGAAAUUGGUGUGGGAUGCCUGCAAUAUAUGGUUUAUCCUCGGUCCUGCAACACAAGAUUCGUUCAAUUUUCCCGCCAAUUAAACAAAAAUUAUUAAUUGACACAUAUAAUAAGUUAAUUUUACCACGGCAAGACUCCGAUAAUGGGUCACAACUGGAAACUAAUCGUAACUCACAAGAAAUUGAUUGCGAGUCACAGCAACAAAAUUCUGAUUAUGAACCCAUCAAUAUUCUUUGGACAAAUAUGUCCGUGACUAACAAACAAAAGGCAACCAAAUUCUUGAAAUCUAAUUUAAUUUGCACUAAUCAUUUUGUUCCCUGUCAUAAAGCUCAAACUUAA